AGACAGAGAUGGUUCAGCAGCAGGAACGGGAGAGAAGCGCCUGCUGACUCCUAGGCAGUCUAUUUUGCUGGAUUCUGGGCGUUCUGCAAAGCGUACAACCAGCAGAUUGUUGAAAGCGCCACUUCAUGUCAGGGUUGUAUCAACAAGCUGCAGCUGUCAUUUGGAUGUAUUGGUCCAUCAGAUCAGCUCCAUUGAAAGGUGGUACCUUAGCUGCAUUAUCCAAGCUAGCAAGCUGCAGUGCUUCUUAACAAUCGUGUAUUUCUUGGAUGUUGAAAGCUCUAGGCAUCAGAACCCCCUUAAGAAUGAGGACUUAUCAAAAUGCUCUUUGACAGCAACAAGCAUCCUGUAAUCACAGCUGUAAAGCACAACGGACUCAGUAAGGCUUGACAUCCUCAAGAGCUUGAGGUGUCAGCAGCUCCAGCCUUAAAGUAGAUAUGGUUGUAGGCUUAACAAGGUUUGGUUGAAUUCAACAGAUCAUAGUGUUGCAGCAUCGCAACCAGGAGCCUAUCAAAAUUCAAACAGCGUUUGGGCUGGCUGCUUGCUUGAUGGACAGGGACAACGAUCCUGCGGCUAUAGGUGGGGCAAGUAACGAGGAGGAGGAGGAGGAUGAGCUGGAGCUAGAGUCAGAGCCAGCUCUGACACAAGCUGAAAGGGAGAAAAGAAAGGAGCGCCUCCGUGACCGCAUGAAGGUUGCUGUCGCUCGGGUGGUGGAGAAUGAAGUGACGGCACGGACGGACUUCCGCGUGGAAGUCAGCCCAGUGGUGGUUUCGGCGCUCGCUGAAUUGACGAGCAAGUACGCAGAGUCGCUAGCAAGGGAUCUAGAAUCGUUUGCGCACCAUGCUGGGCGCAAGACUGUCAAUGUGGAAGACGUGCUCCUGGCUGCCCGUCGCAACCCCGAUGUGAAAGCGGUUCUUUCAGAUCAGGCCAAAGCGUUGACGGGUCAACAGCAGCCGAAGAAACGGAAACGACCAGGGUUGAAGGCGUUGCCAGGGGACUAGCUUUUGCGGUAUGGCCACGUGCCCCUUCGACUGUCUUGUAGUGAGUAACGAAGUAGAUAAGCUACCGCCUUGAGCUCAAAGAACCUAUAGUAAGCCGCUCUUUGAGACUCGAUUCUUCGCAAGCUGUACCAAGACGGAUGCCAUGAUUAGGGUUUAAACACGUCCAACACUAGUCUCAUUGAUAUAAUACUUCGCGAUCCGACCGACACGGUUGAUCUGCAGGACUUUGAUCGCUCAUGAAGCGUAGUGGACGAUCCUAUUGAGCUAGCUCGGACGUGGCCUGGCCGCUUUUUAGCAAGCGCGCGGCAGAUUGACUCUUUCACUCAUUCGUCUGACCAAAUUCGUUAUGCAAUUAAGAGUUUUCGG